GUUUGUUGGUUGUAGCGCGGCAAUAGAGGCCGGAGCGGAGUCAGUCUGCGCGAAUCUUUCGAGUAGUGAACAUCGCGUUCUCUGUCCGCUCUGUCGGUUUCGUUCACUAUUCAAUUGAAACUAUCUUUUUUCCACUCGUCUUUCGCUCUUCCACUCAUCGUUCGCUUCCAAAGGAAGAGAAUUUGUCGAACAGCCAUUUAGGAUCGAUUUUAUUUAAUCAAAAUAAUAAUAAUAAUAAUAAUAAUAAUAAUAAUAAAGAUAAAAAAGAAAAGUCGAGAAGACGAGAAGAGAAAUAGAUAAAUUCAUCAGAAAUAUUCCAGCACAGAUGGUCAGAGGAUCGUUGCCUGAUAUCGCAGUGACGAUGGCAUCGGGAAGAGAAAUUUACGGUGCAUUCAGCUUGAUCGUAGACGAUGUCGAUUCCCACUCGAUAUCAAGCGAGAACUCGGAUUUGGAUGGCUUAUCGAAUGAAACCAGUUCCCAGAACUCGUCCUCCCAAACGCCAUUGGACAGUCCAGGCGGACCUAGAGAAAAAAUCAAGCAGAUGCAAGUGGAAGCCGAAACUAGAAGAGGGGAAUUUGCGAGGUUACUCGAGGAACACGCUCAGGUAGUAAGAAAAUUAAAAAUGAUGGAGGCCGAGGAGCAACUCUCGGCAAGUGGAAACGUUGUUGGAGCCACGCACGCGUGAUUUCAUCAUUAACAAUCAUCGUAAAACAGUUGUGAGGAUUGGGACCACCGCGCCUUCGCGUCGAUUCUUCAAGUGCGAAUUGGAAAUUUAACGGAAAGUGUUGUGCGGAUUAUAAUAAAUAGUUUUGUGCGUUUAUUAAUAAUAAAUAACGAUGAUUCAAAAUAGAACAAUGAGAAAUGUAAGAGAAAACUAUUUUUUAAACAAGCGUAUAUUUCUAUAGUCUGAAAAUUAUUAUCUGUAUAAUUUCUAUAAGAUAAAAUUUGUUGAGAUUACUUUUUAAACAACGAUACAUUACCGAAAUGGAUAGGAAAACGUGUGCAAAUUGAAAACAAAAUCCUUGAUCACUGCUUAUUUGUAGGAAAUAUUAUUAAAAAUCUUACCAUCAUAAAAAUCGCGUCACAAUUGAUACAUGUCCUUAAAUGUCAAAUGAACUUUUUGCGCCUCUCGUAAUUUUAUACAAAACGCCAUAGCGUUUGUACGUUCGUUUCUAUUUCUUAAAACGUAAAUCUAAUAUUCGUAAAUAGUGUGGAUAUGUAAAAAUAGAAAUGAUCAAGUGAAAUUUGACAAAAUUUGUUGCUCAUUGCUCUAAAACAAUUUGGCAAAAAAAUGUUCAAAAUUGACUAAUACGAGAACAUAUUCUCGAUUUGCGUUUAUCAUGAAGUCUGAAAAACUUCUUCUUUAAGACAAUAAUAAAAAAAAAAA